UGAAUAUGCCGGUUUGUAGAGAAUUGAAAGAGCUUUCUAAUUAUGGGUUGAUUUCCUUAUAUGUUCCUAUAGUGCCAGAGAAAAGCGCAUGAGAAGGAUUUUAAUAAUGCUGCAUAAUGGCCGCUUCCAAGUGAAGAUCCUAUCGGGAUGGAAGGGCUUUAACCACUCGAAAGCACCUAAAAUCGAAUGUUCCUGGUUUUCUGCUAGUCUAAGGGCCAUUUUGAGCAAAAAAAAAAAGUGGGCCGAUUCUUUAGCUUAUACGGACCCGUCCUUUUGUCACCUGCUAGUAGUCCAACGGUAAACUCACGUACUUAAAGUCCGUCCCCUAUUAGAAGUACGUUUUGGCGAAACUUUUUUGAUAAUCCCCUAUAGGUAGGUAUAGUGCAUUUUCCGAUUUUUUUCGUGGAUAUAAUAGAAGACCAUGGUCUUCUAUUUGGCUUUCAAGUCAUAUAAUCGGCAGUGGUCUUCUAUUAUGAGGGGGGCGGGGGUUACUCUACUAAAUUAAGAUCCCUUGUGUAAAAUAGCGACUAAACAAAAACUUCAAACAAUAUCUCAUCCGAUAAAGAAUUUCACGCGCUACAAGACAGGCUGCCUUAGAAGUUUUAAAAUUCAUAUUUGGCUGCUGAAUAGGUCUGGAUUCUGUCUGGGUUCUCAACAUUUUUUAAGUAAUUAAUGUUUUUCUCACCUAAAUAAUGUAAGUAAGCUGAGAAAGCUUCAGGACAUACACUUCGGUAAUAAAACAGUGGAUACAAAAGUUGUUCAGAAUUAAAUUCCGGAGUCUCUCAUCAGAGCCUUUUUCAAGAUAUUCUUUUUUUAUUAAAUUUUAUGGUUUUUAAAAUUUUAAAAUUUCAUAUUUUUCAAUUUAGAGACCAAAAAAGGUCCAAAGGAAGGUGAAAGUUAAAUUUCUGCGUCAAACUUGAUUCGAGAAUAAUGAAAAGUUCUUCUUCUUAUGCAAGUUAAUCUUCUCUAUCGAACUACGCUAGAAUCAACCCUUCAUAUCAAAAACUGAAGUUUUUAUUGAAAUUUUAAAAACAGAGUAGAAAACCCGAAAAAAACUUCACUUUUUUAAUCGGAAAAGUACAAAUCCGGGAACCGAAAGCUUUGUUGAGACAUACACUCCGAAGUGUCCUCUACAAACUGAAGAAAAGAAUCAGAUCAUGGGGCCCCUUUACGGCACCGAUAUUAGUGAACGGCAAUCGAAAGAAUGAAUGUUCUGACGAAAAAUCUCAUAGAGCAUUACAGAUUUGACAAAAAAUCUACAUUUUUCAGCAGGAAAAAUUCAUCUUCAUACACAGUUCAAGUAGCUCUAUCGAAUGUACGACUCAUAUAUUUUUCCUGUCGCACGAUGCAAGAGAUUACAAAUCACUCAUGUAUAGAAGCAUAAUAAAUCCCAAAAAAUCAGAUUCUGUUAGAUAAUUAGGUAUACAUCGGUUUCGAUUUUCAAACCGAAAAACCGACACGAAAAAAACGAUAUUCGAUGUAGACCGACACUGAGAAAACCGAACAUUGUCGCAUUCAAAAAUACUCGCAUACUCCAUUCACUAGGGGGCAAAUAUCAGAUAUUAAAUUCGUUCGUUAAGUCAAAAUGUACAUUUGAGUGUGCUUUUUUCAGAUUUUAGCGAUUUUAGCUUUUUGAUUGUCGGUCAACCGAAAUCGAUAUAGGUGAAAUCAGAUGUUUCUUUGACAAUAGUGAAUAGAUGUUAUGUGCUCACUCUUUAUAUCAUUUAAAAACUUUAAAUAUAAAUGUUUGAAAGUUUUUCGGUGUCGGUUAUCAAUACCGGUGCAUACCUAGUUAGGUAUAUGCAUUAACUUCAUUUUUGAGCUAUCUCUAGCUCUGCAGAAUCUGUCCGUUCAGAUAUUUUUGAAAACAACAUAAAAGGUUAGGUCAGUACAAAAAAAAUAUGGCAUCCACGUACAACGGUAUCCGCUGCUGUUAUACGUGGAUGCCAUAUUUUCUUAACGACAUUGAGAGUUUCUAUAAACAUUGUUCAGACUUGUUCGACAUCUUAUUUUAACUAGAGAAAUCUGCUUUACAAACUGAUAUUAUUGAAAAAAAUUUUAUUUUCAGAAAGAAAAUAAAUGAUUUCCCAGAAUUAAACGUUUUUUAUGAGCAGCUUUUGGAAAACUUCUUCAAAAACUUUCAGGAAUGUUCGAUAUAGGUAGCAGCAAUCUUAAAAUAAGGCAUCAUUAGUAAUGUGUCAUUGGAUCAUAUUUUCUUAGGAGGUCUUUAUAUGCGUAUUGGAAUUGGUAUAUUUUCAUUUGGUAGUCUUUUACAUCAUGUAUUAAUAUUAAUUGAACAUGUUGAUAUAUCAUUAAAAUGUAAUAAUCACCUUGUUAUUUGUGAAAAAUUAUUAUUUGUUAUUUUCAAUUUUAUUCAAUUCUUUUUCAUUUUUAAAAAUUCGAAUAUUAUUAUUCAUAAUUAUCGAUCUCUAGCUUAUUUUGGUGUCAUGCAUGUUACAAUUACAAAUAUAUGUAGCUGGUUUCAUGCUAUUAUUACAGAGACUAAACUUGAAAUAACUUCUCAUGAUUCAGAAACAUUAUUAGAAACAAAUCAUUCAACAUUAUUUUCAAAAUUAUUUCAAUCAAAAGAUACAAAUAUAACAAAUCCAAGUAUAUUGUGUAAUCAUCCAAAUUAUGGUUCUGAAUUAAUAACAAAAACUGAAUAUUCACUUGCACCCUAUUUAUUUCCUUUUACUGUUGAAUACACAUUAAUGAGUUUUACAUUAUUUCUUAUUAUAUGGCAAAAUCUUGGUAGAAAAUUAUCAUCGAAAACUACUAACCAUGAACAUCAUAAUGAUAAUGCUAGUACUGUUAUCACUGACGAUGGUAUUAACAAAAAUUGUCAUAAACAUCAUGGUGAUGACGAACAUGAGCAUGUAUUUAAUGUUAAUUGCCAAAAAUCAAUCCGUGGACUGUUUACUGGUUUUCUCAUAUUAGCUGGAACAAUAAUGACAAUAAUUACAUAUUUUAUAUAUAAAAAUGUUGAUAAGCAAUCAGAAAUAUUCGAUAGUUAUUUAUCUGUUAUGAUGAGUAAAUGUUCACAACUUGUAUUAAAUUGUUUAAUGUUUGGUGUUAUUAUAUUAGGAUAUAUUCAUACACGUCAAUUAAAAAUUCGUUGGCAUACAACAAUUGUAUUUGAUGAAGUUUUAGUUAUAUUUAGUUCAUUAGGAACAUAUUUAUUUGCUAUAUUUAGUUUAUUAUCAGCAGCAUUUUCAAAUCAUAUUCAAGUAUUAGAAUUAUUAACAUUAAUUGUUUCCAUUUUACAAAUAAUUGAAUGUACAUUACAAACAUUAUUUAUUCUAGAUGGUUUAAGACGUCGAGCAAAUACACAUAAAGCUAAACGAGAAAAACCUGGAAGAGAGUUUGUAGCAUUAUUAAUUGUUUUAAAUAUAUCAUUGUGGUUAUUAGAUACAUUUAUAUCAAAAAAAAUGGAAACAAAUCAAAUACAGGUACAAUUUUAUGAUAAAAUAACAUGGGCAAUUAUUCAUACUCUAGCAGCACCAUUAUCAAUGUUUUAUAAAUUUCAUUCAUCUGUUUGUCUAUCAGACAUGUGGCAAGCAAUAUAUGCUUGA